AGAAACGGUAAAAGCAUUAUGUCAAAAAACCCUUCAUAGAUUGAAAUCUCUUUUUUUGUCCUUAUUUUGAUUGUAGACAAAAGGUAAAGGUAAAAAAAUGGUGGUAAUUAGUGUUCAACAUCCAGACGGCAUUCAUCAAAUAGUAUGCAUCAUAGGUCGUCUCAUUGUAUUAGCUGGAGCUAUAUUAAAGGGGAAAUCUGAAAUAAGAGAAAUGACCAAUGUGGGUAUACGAAAAUAUUUUCAGGCUACGGGUGCUGCUUUUCUUGAAAAUUGUCUAUCAUGUUCAUUUUGUUGUGGUAUCAUUAUUGUUAACAUUCUUCAUCUACUCGAUAUACAAGCACAAACUAUCGUACUUGCACUUGUCUCUAUCAUAGGUUGGGGUUAUAUGCUAUUUUUUGUUAUGGCUUUUCAACUUACUGGUCCAUUUGUGUUUAUGAUCUAUGAAAUGCUUUUUCAUGAUGUUCUCCGUUUUUGUAUUAUUUAUAUGGUAUUUCUUGCUGGUUUUUCACAAGCAUUCUUUGUUCUAUUCAAUAAUAACGGUUUUGGUGGUUUUCUUGUGAGUAUCAAACAAUGUUUUUUUGGUAUGUUGGGUGAUUUUGAUCUCGAUCAUUAUACGGGAACAUCAUUUCAAUAUAUCAGUGUUUCAUUACUUGUCAUUUAUGUUGUUGUUGUUUCUAUUCUUCUACUCAAUUUACUCAUUGCUAUGAUGGGUGAUACAUAUGGAAAUGUAAUCGAAGGUGCUACACAAAUAUGGCAUUUAGAACGGGCACGUAUUAUAUUUGCAAUUGAAAAUGAAAUGUCGACAGAUGAACGGAAGUUAGAUAAGAAUAAAUAUUGGACAAAUGUCGAUGGUCAACGAUAUUUACAAGUAGAAGAAGUUGACAAAGACUGUUUUCGUGAUAUUAAUAAUGAUGAUGAAAAUUAUGACAAAGACAAGAAAAGAAGAACAUAA